AUGGCGACCGUGACAAGCGCCCCGUCGGACCUGCCGUUGGAACAACUCGCUCUCUACCAGGCCUCCGAUCCCUAUCUGUCCUCCGUCUUCGUUUUCUAUGGCCCCGUCGCGACCGCAAAUGCCACCGUCAGCAGCUCGCGCAUCCAGGCGCAUGUCUUGACCCCCGCCGGCUUUCAGAGCUAUCCGCGCAUCACCAUCUCCCCCGCCGCCCCGUUGUACGCCGCCGUCAACCACCUCCCCCGCGAGAAACAAGGCGACGAAGUAUGUCGCGGUCUAGCUGUCGGGAUGCUGAAAUAUUUUGCCGACCUGUCUGACCCCGCCAAAGACUGCCUGAACGCCUUCGCGCGAGCUGGCAGACCGGGGGGACAGAUUCCCAAGCUCUUCGACGAGAUGCAUGCCGCCGACCUGGCAAAUCGCAUGACUAAGGUGGAAUAUACGGCUGAUAUUGUGCGCGACAUCCGUGGCGCCUUUCAGGAGCGCAAGGUCCCUUGGGUGGAUCUCGAUGUCGUGUUUCCCCCGGGAAUCAUUCAACCGCCGCAGCGACCGGGCGAGGACGAACUGGACGAUCUAGCCGACAUGGAGGACCCUCCCGACACUCAGUACGGCCAGUAUUCGUCGCUCGUUCAAUCGCUGGGGAAACCCGUGUUCCUGCCGACAUCACGACUGAAGCGAGCCCCGUCCCAGCCCACCAAGGUGAAUCGAUCCCGUGUCUUCUCGACAAGCCAAAAACAGGCGUUCCGAUUAACGAUGUGUGAAUUUGUGGAUACGGAAGAAAGAUAUGUGAACAAGCUCUUUACUCUGGUACGCAAUGUGGCGGAGGAAUUCCGCAUGAAGGCUCAAGCAAGAGGAUCAUCCAGUACAAGUCCCACCGAAUCAGACCUGGCCAAGCUCUUCCCUCCUUGUCUAAAUGCGAUUCUUGAAGUCAACAUGGGCUUUCUGGAGGUGAUCCGCCAGGUCCUCGAAGAGACAGAGAGGGAAGCGAUCGAGGAUAUGACACGGGAUACCGAGCUGUCUUCAUCCAUGUCACAACGUACCCCGUCAGGAGAGGACAGAGAUGAUCCGGUUGGGGCGGUGGUAUUGGCCAAUGCAUUGCUCGACUGGUUUCCUCGGUUCUCGGAGCCCUACGCAGAUUACAUGAAUGCUCAUAACAGCUUCACCCAGGUGCUGAAUUCUUUCAUGAAGGAUAAACAGUCCAGUUUCUCCAAGCGCGUGCAUGACACCGGAGAGCAGAUGUUGCGAUCCUUACUCAUGGAGCCCGUGCAGCGCUUGCCCCGGUACAGUCUGCUAAUCGACACCAUGAUGAAAAGUCUCCCGUUGGUUCAUCCGGCCAUCCGGCCAUUUUUGAAAGCCCGAGAUGUCAUCAACGACAUCUGCGCCCUAGAUGACUCCUCGUCAACGAACCACGACCUCAGUUUUCGUCGACUGAAAGAGUUAGUGGAUGGUUGGCCCUCCACGAUAUUGCCCUCAAGUCGAUUGAUUACGGCGGUUGACUUUAAUGAGUUGUCACCCCCUUACCAUGUGGAUCCCCCGUCAUUGGAUCCCAAUCCUGGAAUCAUGCUGGUCUACAAAAAUUGCCUGGUGCUGUUGGCGAAGGCUUCAGGUAGCAAAAUCAUGGCGCGUGGCUUGCUGGCCGAGUUGGACAACGCUGCAUCUGCCACCAGUGGCCCUUCGGGAUCGCUGCCUCCCAAUGAAAUCCGUGUCGUACAAGUAUACGAUCUUCACACCGUGCGUUGCACGCAAUCUAACUGUGGGCGGAUCUUGUUUCUCGCUCCUACGGCCGCCAAAUCGAAACCAACCCAGAAUACGACAGUGGAUCUUCUGGCACUAGAGCUAACUUCGACUCACGAGGGCCGCGCCGUUCGCGUCAUUGAAGACAUUGUCAAGGCGAAGAUUGCAGGUCGGUUUACCGAUUCCGAAAGGGAGAACGGCAAAUGGUCCCUACGUAGCCCUACGGGUACUGUUGGAAACCUCGGCAUCUUGGCGUGUGUAUUCGAGGAGGGAGAGGGUAAGGAAGAUGGAACGGGGUCGCUGACAAACCGGGUCGGCAUGUCCAAGAUCAGGGUUGUGUUUGACACCUCUAGGGCCACGAGCAAACAAAUAUUGGACUCGUCGGAUCUAGAGGUGAUUGUCGGGAUAUCCGUUUCGAGUGAAGACCAAUUUCGAGUGGACAUAGACACCAUAGUUGGCACCUCAUCCUCAGAUAUCGUCACGGCGGAUAGUUUCGUGCCCGUGCUCUCCAAACGUCUCCUCAACGUCCUGUUGCCUUUGCAUGGCCCUCAAAAUCGGACCAUGACUGAAUCUAUCGUCCACUCCAAUUUUGAGAUCCUUCGCUAUCUGGCCGGCUAUCUCAUGCCACAGCUGAAGACGCCCCGUGGAUUCCGACCUCCGUCCCCGUCCAAAUUACUUUCAAGUCUUCUAGGUGGGAGUCAAUCAAAAGAUACGCACACCUCAAGUACCAAAACACCCACCUCUGCAACGUUGCUGGGCGAAUUUCCCAAGAUGCCACCACCCCGCGGUAAUAUGUCGCGCUCCAAUACCUUGCCUUCUGUUUUCCCGGCGAAGGAGGACAAGAGAGAGGAAACGCCAAGCAAGAUUUCCAUGGUUAGCGCAUCACCCUCAAAAGAGACGGAAAGCCCAUUCAGCGUGCUGGAGCAAGCAUUCGCUGCCUACGUUCUUGCCCUCCAGUCGCGCAGUGGCAACAUCGUGGGCCGUUCCCUUCGGGCUAGGGACAAUGUCGAUCGUUCCGCGGUCAAUGAGCUCUACAAUGUCUUGCUAGAAGAUCCUGGGAGGAUCCAGAUGGCGGCAGAGGUGCCUGUUGACACCCUCUUUGUGGCUUUUGAAACUUUCAUGGCAAACGCCUGGCGGGAACAGAUGGGACCAGUCCUGGAGCCAUCCUCGAUGAAACUCCUUCAGAGUCAUUUUGAUACCAUGUUUCCUCGAGAUUUUGAUGAAAACUUCCGAAAGUUCCUAGCGGACAUGAGUCCGCAAAAUCGUCGCGCAUUAGCCUCCUUGGUGCGAUUACUGGCCGAACUGCUUGAUGCCUCUGGGAACGACGGUGACCGAGGAGCUUUAACUGCGGCCUUUGCCGAAGUCCUGACGGUUGAAGGAGACCCAAUGCAACAUAUCUCUUUGCUAGACCGAUUGGUUGAUGACUUUGACAAUCUUUUUGACGAGUUCAUCCCGGGCGGCGCCUCGGUAGAGGGGGCCUUGAGCUGCGAUCAGACGCUGUCCGUUUCGCAAACCGCGGGGUCUAUGAACUCCAACGCCUCCUCCUUUCGCAAGCGAUUCGGCUUUGGCCUACAUCGAGAAAAUUCCAAGAUCGAGGGAGAGAGCAAGGUCUCGUCGAUCUUGCGGACACUCAGUAAAAGCAAAGGCUCCAACGAUUCCGAAGCCAGCACCCCAAGAAACUCGUUGCUGCGUUCAAAAUCGAUCGAUGUCGACAGUAACUUGGCUCAUUUGCUACGCCCCGGCUCUCGUGAUCGAACGGGGGCCUCCCUCUCCCAAGAAAACAUCCGGCGGCCAGGGAGCUCCCAGGAAGAGACCGCAUCCUUGUCGUCGAUUCGAGGUAUAUCAACAAAUGGAGUGGUAAAAGUGCGCCGGAAGAGACGGAGCUCUUUGUCGGAUCUGAGACCGGGGACAGCCUCAAGUGAUGCUUCCGGUGUGUCUCCAGGUCAGACACAGAGGCCGACGACUCCAGCAUCAUCUAGCAAUCUCGCCCAAGCUGAAGUUAUGACUCCAACGAAGCAAGACCGGCCGCCAACAAGCCAAGGUUCCGGGUCUAGGUUUCGGAGCCAGUCGCCUGCAAAGAGUAACUCCCCGGUCCGGUUGACUUCACCCAGUCGGCGAUCUCCCACACGCCCUGUUACCCCUAGUCGAAAAGAGAACAUCGACCCCAAGCUGUCGCAGACAGAACGGUCUCCCAGGAAGAUGUCGCCGACCGGAGAGCUCAAAAGACGAUCACGAGCUACUAGCAUACCAUCCUCGAAGCACCCCGGCUUGAAAGAGCGGGCAGUUCCUGUGAACGGGUCUGAUACGAAGCGCCCGACAAGUUCAUCAUCUCCCCAGAAGCCGCAAAAGCUGCGGAUGCAAAGUCCACAAAAGCUCCGAGAUCGUCUGCAAAACGAAAAAAGGAGCCAGGCUACCGCUCAGCUUGGGUUGAAAGACGAGUUGGAUCUUAUCGGUGACGAAUUACGAGCUCUAAGGCUUAGCCCUCGGGCAGAGGAAAACAGUCGAUUACUCGGGGAACCGUUUGCACCUGACGCAAGCGCAGCCCUUCUAUCACGAGUUCAGGAACUUGAGAAGAAAUUCGAAUCGCUCUGUGGAGAAUUCAAUGGGCGCACAACAUCCAUCGAGAAGGACCUGGAGUCGUCCCUAGUGGUCAGCGAGAAGCGAGCCAAAAAGCUUGACGAGCUGUAUCGCGAGGCCAGCGCCGAAAAUGAGGCCUUGUAUGAUCGGUUCAACUCGGAACUGAGCAAAAUAUCGAAAGAGGUGCGGACCGGCAAUGCCGAAGAUGCCAUUAAAUCUCAGCUGUCGUCGGCAUUAGACGAUAUCGGGAGAUUAAAGAAGGAGAAUUUCCGGUUCAAGCGAGAAGUCGCCGGCUUACGGGCUCAACAAGCCGCCGUGGCUCUGCUGAAGGCGAGUGAAUGA